CUCCGGGCAGCGGCUCCGGCAGCCCGGCUCGUCGGGCCCCUCCGUGCCGUGGCAGCCCCACGGUGGCCGGCGGUGCCAUGGGAGUCCCGGGGCUGCUCUGCCGCCUCCUCCCUCCUCCUCCUCCUCCUCCUCCUGCUGGCAGCCGGCCCCGGAGCGGCCCCGCCGGGACGGCCCCGCGCCCGCCGCGGGCUCACCUACCCCGGGACGCUGUGGUGCGGCGCGGGCAGCAACGCCGAUGCCUACGAGCAGCUGGGGGAACACCGGGACACGGACCGGUGCUGCCGGGACCACGACCACUGCCAGCACGUCAUCCACCCCUUCACCGCCCGCUAUGGGUACCGCAACCUGCGCUGGCACACCAUCAGCCACUGCGACUGUGACCGCAGGUUGAAGGAGUGCCUGCGGCAGGUGAACGACACGGCCUCGCGGGUGGUGGGCCAGGCCUUCUUCAACGUCAUCCAGGUGCCCUGCUUCGAGUUCGCCUACAAGGAGGAGUGCGUGGAGCCCUACCUCUACGUCUGGUGCAAGGCGUACAACACGGUGGCCGUCGCGGUGCCCAAGGAGCCGGUGCUGUAUGAGUUUGGCGGGGAGCUGAUCGACCGGGCGGCGAGGCCCCGGGGGGUCCCUCUGAGUCCCCCGUGGAGCAGCGUGGGUGGAGGAGCCGUCCCCGUGGAGCAUCACCUGCCCGCCCCGCCCGCUGUCCCGCCCCAAAGCAGCCAAGAAAGAGAGGAAGGGGAGGAAGAAAGAUAAGAAAAAGAAGGGGAAAGGUCGGAAAAAGAAAGGCCCUUCCAAAUACAGGGAGCCGAGCCAUCCUGCAGCCGCUGCCCCCGCUCAUCCCACUGUGGGGCAGGACCCAUGGGCCCCGCUGCCGGACUUGGGGGAAGCGGCCAACGCCAUCCUGAGCGAUGCCCCGGCCUGGGAGGGCUUGGGCAGGGACCCAGCGCCGGCCACCCCAUCCUCGGUCCCCACCGCCAGCGGGAAGAAGAGGAGGAAGGAAAGAAACAGAAAGAAGAGGCUGAAAAGCAAAGCUGAGGCAGAGCCUGCAUGAGAGCUGCGGCCCUGACUCCCCCCUCGCAGGUCUUGGCUGUGUAAUAAAGUUGGUCGCUCGAGCAGA